ACCUGGCUGGAGCUCAAAUCCCUCAGGACAGGGCAAUAGACGGAGUCGAUAUGGCUCCCAUCCUAUUCAAGAAAGGAGCUAAGGUCGACAGCAACAGAACAUGAGCAGAGCAUAAAGUGCUUGCUAUAGUCUGUGUCCUGUGCAUGCUGCGUUACUUCUGCAUAAAGCCUGCAUAAUUAUAACACUUCAUUGCUGCAAAACACCACACUACCUUUGCCACCCUUGGACACAAAGCUCCACUCAUCUUUUGCUACCAUUGCAACAGUGCAUAGAACUCUGUUGCCUCAACUGCUUGUGCUACUCUUCAUUUCGCUACAGAGCAACAGAGAGUUCUUUGCCUACCUGCCAGAGUAUGCAGAUGAGAUGGUUGGACCGUAUGCCAUUAGGUGGAGGAACUUUAAGGGACACUAUUACACAGCCGGUGGAUCGUGUUCGACCAGUUACCAUGACGAAGCCUGCAGGUCCAACGCCACGGUCACCAAACACUUCCCCCCUCUCCUCUACAACCUGCACACUGACCCCCAGGAACUCUACCCCCUCGACCCCGAAAACUACCGUGAUGUCAUCGACACCAUCAGUGAUUUGAAGGAUGCAUUUCUGCUGGAUCUGGAUUGGAGCGAGUCUCAGUUGCUGAUGGGGAAGGAUCGGAGCAUCCAGCCGUGCGGAAACCAAGAUUGCUACCCCUUCCCGUACUGUUGCCGUACCAACCUCCUGUCGCCCCGGCAACAACAAUACCAGUCUUCGUUCUCCUGGCUCUGAUGAUGUCAUCGUUAGUGCCAGGAUCGUAAAUAGUAAAUUGCAUUCUUGUGCUGUCUCCUUGGCAACUCUAUUGUAGGGGCGUCAUAGCUACCAAAAACUAUAAUCUAUUCUCCUUACAAAAUAUGUAAUUAAUAUUAAAUUAACAAGAGACAAUUUUUGUUAAUAAUGUGCGCCAGUAUAAUUAUGUACAAGUCGUUUACUUAUUACAAGAACUAAC